AUGGUGUACCUGAGCGAGGGUGGGCAGGGCGGGGGGCGAGUGGUGCUGCCCUCUCCCGGCUCAGAGCCCCGCCUGCCACCAUACUCUCCCCCGCGGCCCAGCAGCCUCAAUAGUCAGGACACGGCGCCCAUCAAAGAUCCACCUCCACCCUACCCGCCCACUACUAACCUUAAGGCCGCCCAUGCCGCCCUUAACCACGGGCCCUCCAGUGCCUCUCCCCCACCCACUAAGACCAUUAAGUACUUACCCCCGCCCUACACGCCCGCAGACACUACCAGCAGCAGUGGUCGUUUGAAGGUUCUCCCGCCCCAGGUCCAGCAGCCGCCCGGACCCCGUGCCCCAGGCAGCAGGGACCUCUCCGGGCACGCCACGGAUCCCCGCCACAGGACACGACGUCCACACUCCCACAGACACCAGCCAGAAAAGACCCGCCCUUGGACCAUCGCGACGGGAGACAACGUGAGCCGGGGGCAGACCACAGGCCGUCCAGCGGGUCUCGGAGGGUGCAGGCCGGGCCAGACCGUCACAGUAACAGUCACUCCGGCCAGAAUGGCUACCUCGGCCCCAGCAGGUGUGUCACGGGAAGCGGCCACCCGCGGGGGCCACUGCUCAGAACAGGCAAAAGCUUGGAGCUGCCCCACGAGCGGUUGUCACAGCAUCACCCGCCUCCCACCGCCCACACCCCCCCCCACCCCCGCCACCCUCAUCUCAGUCAUCAUCACACCAAAGACAUAA